GUCGCCCAGCAGCUCGCGCUCCAUGUGACUUCAGUUUCCGUCCGUUCCUUCCGCAAGUGCUAAAAUAACCUGAUGCCCCAGAGAAAGGAGGCAGCCCAGCCCCGCGUGUGGCUGCUCUCGAGGAGGCCGGAGCCCCUGGAGAGGAUGCGCCCCGCGGAGCCGCCUGGGCCUGCGGGAGCCGACUGCGCUUGAGAUGGAGUUGCUGCCCCUUUGGCUCUGCCUGGGUUUUCACUUCGUGACAGUGGAAUGGAGGAACAGAAGCGGAAAGGCCACAGCAGCUUCCCCAGGGGGCUGCAAGUUGGUGGAUGGAGCCACUGACUGCCGUGGGCAGAGCCUGGCUUCAGUGCCCAGCAGCCUCCCUCCCCACUCCCAGACGCUGCUGCUGGAUGCCAACCCUCUCAAGACCCUGUGGAAUCAUUCCCUCCAGCCUUACCCUCUCCUGGAGAGCCUGAGUCUGCACGGCUGCCACCUGGAACGCAUCGGCCGCGGCGCCUUCCAGAAGCAAGGCCACCUGCACAGCCUGGCACUGGCUGACAACUCCCUCUCAGAGAACCACAAGGAGACAGCAGCCGCUCUCCACACCCUACCAAGUCUGCGGAGGCUGGACUUGUCAGGAAACUCCCUGACCGAGGACAUGGCGGCCCUCAUGCUCCAGAACCUUUCCUCGCUGGAGUCUGUGUCCCUGGCGAGAAACACCAUCAUGAGGCUGGAUGACUCUGUCUUCGAGGGCCUGGAGCACCUCCGGGAGCUGGAUUUGCAGAGGAACUACAUCUUUGAGAUUGAGGGAGGUGCUUUCGAUGACUUGACCGAGCUGAGACACCUUAACCUGGCCUAUAACAACCUCCCCUGCAUCGUGGACUUCGGCCUCACAAGGGUGCAGCGUCUCAACAUCAGCUACAACGUCCUGGAGUGGUUCCUGGCGUCAGGUGACGAGGCUGCCUUCGACCUGGAGACGCUGGACCUGUCUCACAAUCAGCUGCUGUUUUUCCCGCUCCUUCCCCAGCACAGCAAGCUGCACACCCUCCUGCUGCAGGACAACAACAUGGGCUUCUACCGGGACCUGUACAACACCUCCUCACCACAGGAGAGGGUGGCCCAGUUCCUCCUUGUGGAUGGCAACGUGACCAACAUCACCACAGUCAACCUCUGGGAGGAGUUCUCCUCCAGCGACCUCUCGGAGCUCCGCUUCCUGGACAUGAGCCAGAACCAGUUCCAGUACCUGCCAGACGGCUUCCUGAAGAAGAUGCCAGCCCUCUCCCACCUGAACCUCAACCAGAAUUGCCUGAGGGUGCUCCGCGUUGGGGAGCACGAGCUCCCGGGGGCGCUCACAGAGCUGGACCUGAGCCGCAACCAGCUGUCAGAGCUGCAGGUGUCUCCGGGGCCCACAGGUUGCCUGCGGAGCCUUCUCCUGUUCAACGUGAGCUCCAACCAGCUCCUGGGCAUCCCCAAGGGCCUUUUUGCCAAUGCCAGUAGCAUCACUACACUCGACAUGAGCCACAAUCAGAUCUCCCUUUGUCCUCGGCCAGCUCUCCCGGACCCCAGGGGCCCCCCCAGUUGUGUAGAUUUCAGGAAUAUGGCAUCUUUGAGGAUCCUCUUUCUGGAGGGCUGCGGGCUGGGAGCAUUACCAGACUACCCGUUCCGGGGAACCUCCCUCACUCACUUAGACCUCUCCAGCAAUUGGGGGGUUUUGAAUGGGAGCAUCACCCCACUCCGGGAUGUUGCCCCCACGUUACAGGUCCUGUCUCUCGGGAACGUGGGCCUCAGUUCCAGCUUUGCAGAGUUGGACUUCUCAGGGUUCAGGGACCUGAGGGACUUGGAUAUUUCGGGGAAUUCCUUGACCAGUUUCCCAAGGUUCGGGGGCGGCCUGGCCUUGCAGACCCUGGAUCUCCGCAGGAACUCGCUCACAGCCCUUCCCCAGAGGGUUGUGUCUGAGCAGCUCCUGAGAGGCCUGCGGACCAUCUACCUCAGUCAGAAUCCAUAUGACUGCUGUGGGGUGGAGGGCUGGGGGGCCCUGCAGCGUCUGCAGACCGUCGCCGACUGGGCCAUGGUCACUUGCAACCUCUCCUCCAAGGUCAUCCGCUUGGCAGAGCUGCCCGAAGGCGUGUCUCAGGACUGCAAGUGGGAGCGUCUGGACAUGGGCCUGCUCUACCUCGUGCUCAUUCUCCCCAGCUGCCUCACCCUGCUGGUGGCCUGCACCGUCAUCUUCCUCACUUUCAAGAAGCCUCUGCUUCAGGUGAUCAAGAGCCGCUGCCAUUGGUCCUCCAUUUACUGACGUGGCUGCGUGCCAAGGUUAGAAUUUUGAUCCAUCGCAGAGAGGGACGCCUUCUCUGCCAGAUUUCAAGAUGCAGAGGCCAAAUCUGAUGAGUGGAGGUCUAAAUUAAAAUUAAAAUUGUUUCCACCCUUUACUCCCCCAAGUUUUCCCCUAUCAUUCUGAUUCAUCCUCAUCAUCCUGUUCAAAUAUUUAUUAAGUGAUAUUCUAUGAAAAUAAAAGACAGUAUGUCUCAUAAAUAUUUUUAAAAU